GAACAUUGAGGAGACAGAAGGAAAGAAGUUGCCCUCCGUUCCAGAAAGCCUUGAAAAAAGACGGAAGCUUUUUGCUGCUCAGAAAGCUAAAAGGAUCAAAAAGAUCCUUUCUUAGAAAAAGAUCUGUAAAAAAAAAAAAGGGAAGAUCAUAUACAAGAGAGCUGAAGGAUACUACAAGUAAUACAGGCAAAUGGUCAGACUUGCAAUUCGUGUGUCAAUACAUGCCCCGCAAAGCUGGAAACUACUCUGUACCUGCUGAACUUAAAUUGGCUUUUGUGGUCAGAAUUCGAGGUAUUAACGGUGUUAGCCCAAAGGUUCGUAAGGUGUUGCAACUUCUCCGUCUUCGUCAGAUCUUUAAUGGCACAUUUGUGAAAAUGAACAAGGCAUCCAUUAACAUGCUCAGGCUGGUGGAACCAUACAUUGCUUGGGGAUAUCCCAAUUUAAAGUCUGUGAGAUCGCUAAUCUACAAGCGUGGAUACCUGAAGAUCCGCAAGCAGCGUAUCCCUCUGACAGACAACUCUCUCAUUGAGAGGCAUUUAGGCAAGACUGGCAUCAUUUGUGUCGAAGAUCUAAUUCCUGAAAUUUACACCAUUGACAAAAACUUCAAGAAGGAAAACAACUUUCUUUGGCCAUUCAAACUUUCUUCUCCCAAAGGUGGAAUGAAGAAGAAAACUACACACUUUGUGGAUGGUGGUGAUGCUGGUAACAGGGAAGAUCAGAUCAACAGACUUAUUAGAAGAAUGAACUAAAGGUUUUUCAAAGACACUUUUUU